UUCUUAUCUUCAUAUCUAACCUCAAGAGAAGUCUAUUUCUGCGUUGUUUAUAAAAUAAUUUACACAAAUUACAUAUAAUUUAUUUCAAUAUAAAUGAUGUGAUUGUAUUUGUUGUAUAAAAUACAUAUUUGCAAAGUUACUUUGACAAAUUACAAUUAUUUUAAUGUUCGGUUCAGCAGGAGGUGACUAGAAGAGCGCAGAUACCAGUAGCUGGAUCAGCGAAGAUGGUGGACAGAGAGAGCAUUUACUCUGCUAACUUUCCGCACACUAAUGUUCCAGUUACUCCACCAGGACUGGAAGCAAUAUAUACAGCAUGUCGAAGGCUUUAUCCCGAUCAACCAAAUCCUUUGCAAGUAACCGCUUUAGUAAAAUACUGGUUGGGAGGCCCUGAUCCACUUGACUACAUCAGCAUGUAUUCAAACCCUGGAGACCCUGCCCGACAGAUUCCUCCGCACUGGCAUUACAUCAGCUUUGGUUUCUCUGAUCUUCAUGGUGAUGGAAGAGUUCAUGAUUUAGGAAGUGGAACAGAUGGGCCCAGUGGGUUUGGGUUUGAAUUGACAAUGCGGCUGAAGCGAGAACCAGAGGAAACAAACCCACCCACUUGGCCAGCAGCUUUAAUGCAAGCCUUAGCACGUUAUGUGUUUCAGUCAGAAAAUGUGUUAUGUAGUGGUGACCAUGUCUCAUGGCACACGCCACUAGAUGGCAGUGAGUCUCGCAUUCAGCACAUGCUAAUGACAGAAGAUGCACAACUGCACCCAAUAACAACACCUUUUGGCAUUGUUAAUUUUAUUCAGAUUGUGGGUGUAUGUAGUGAAGAACUGAAAGCAGCUCAGCACUGGAAUGGCCCUGGUGUGAUUGAACUGUUAAGAUCUAAACCUAGUGCUGGUGGAGCUUGGCUAGUAACAGAUAUGAGGCGAGGGGAAACCAUAUUUGAGUUAGAUCCACAUUUACAGGAGAGAGUUGAACAAGGCAUCGAACAAGAAGGUUCCAAUCUGAGUGGUGUCAGCAGUCGCUGCAUGUGGGAAGAACCAGGUGACAAUGAUAAUCACAGUACAUACAGUGAUGAAGAUAAAGAAAACAACCGCUCAGAAGCUGAACGGAAGGGAAGCAAAGACUCAGAUCGGCGAGAAUUGUCAGAAAUUGAGUCAGAACAGAUUAAAGCAACUCUCAAAAAAGGUCUUAGCAGUACACGACUUAAUGUGCAGUCAAGAGAAGAUGGUAGUGAAAAUGAACAUCAACACCAGUCACGAAAGGAGUCCUUUGACAGUACUACAAGUUCUGAAGGGCCUACAGAGCUCAUUCGUACCCGCACUUUGGAGUCUGUGCAUCUCAAGUUUAACUUGGAGGCAGGAUCUCUUCUGCCUCUAGCUCUCAGGGGCAGAUUAAAACAUGGGCGCCACUUCACCUUCAAGAGUGUUUUGAAUGAUGUAGCUGUCACAUUAGUGUCACCAAGUGUUGUGGGAUCCAUCGCUGAUGAAGAGCAUCCUUUUGCUGCACAUGGCACAUGGCUUCAGGUACUCAUCCAAGAUGACUUCUUAGAGGAAAUGAGUGAAGAUCUUGAGGAACUUGCACGAUGUGAUGAGAUGAUGUGUCCAAAAACAUACAGCUGGCCAGAACGUCGACUAUGCAUCACUAUUCUGGCCAACGAAAACUAGCCAUUUGCGUUGAGUGGAUGCUUGAAUAAGGACUCUGGAUGUUUACAUAUCUGUCUAGGUAACUGAUAUGAAGUUGACAUGAGGCUUUACUGCACUAUGGGGACUACAAAUAUCAGGGCCCUUUGUUUUCCUUGUGACUGAUGUGCAACCUUUGCUUAACAUGGAAAAAUAUAAACUUUCCCUUUUUAAAGGGACCUGUUAAAGAGGACAAUUGUUGUAGUAUGCAUAGCUGGAGCUCAUUUGCUGUGCACAUAGCUUUAGCUCCAAAGUGGUUAUUCAGUUUUGGAAUGACAUGGUCAUUGUCAAAGCAAAGAAAAAUAACAAAAUAAAAACAAAAUAACCCAACUCUUCAGUGGGUAUAUAGUCCAGAAGACAGCAGAAAUAAACUAUCCAGUCUUUCCAUGGUGCUUUGUCUUCAAAGAUUUAUUUACACCUUGCAUCUGUUACAAGGCGAGAAAUAUACAGUAUGCUGUAUGUAGUGCCAAGUGGGGACUGGCAUAAUCUGAGCCAGUUUGGUGGGCAGUUUGUGUUCAAAUGGAUAUUUCCAUCCUGUUGGCAGUAUUCCUGAGAAUUCAGAGGUUCUAAACAAAAAAGUGUUGGGCUGAGGGAGAAAUAUCAAGCAGGCAGCUGUUGUGUGCCGAACAGAGCCGAGUACCUGCAGCACAAGUAUUGUGGAUUUUUUGUGUCUACUUUGAGAGCUUGUUCCAAUCUUCUGAAGAAUCAACAUGAUGUGGAUAAAUUUCUGCCCUAUCCAUGGCAUUAAAUAAGACAAGGACAAGAUAUAUCAAAGUUGUAUUUAAUGUUGUGAUAAUUCAGUCUGAAGUUUUAGUGUUCUUUAAUAAAACUGCCAGGACUGACAAAAUUCUUUCAAAGGCGAAUUCCACACUGGUGCUUGUUUUAAUUGGGUGAGGAUCUCUUCAUAUAUACAUUGGAAUAUGUAAACAAGAAAAAGGAGAGUCACCUUUAGAGCUGUGGAUUUAUUUAGACAAAAUAUUUUGAUGAUUUGAAAUUUGGCAUAUAUAGUAUGAAAGUGUGUGUGUGCUGCAUGAAAGGCAUUUGCAAGAAAAAGAAUUGUAUUAUUGCUUGCAUUGUUCUUUCUGGUUAUGCUACAUUUAUGCCUUUGUGUUCAUAUCAGUAACACUCUUUCAUGGUCAGGUACACAAUGACUUAUAAAACACGGAAAAUUACUGUUGUUAAUAGAUUGCUAACUCAAGGUGUUUAUUUAUUUAAUCAUAUGUUGACAAAUGUUAACAUUUGCUGCCAGAAACAUAUUUCACAAUGUUAUGUAUCCUAUUGUGUUUAAUUUCAGUUUGUGAAUUUAGUUCAGUAUUUAAUCAGGCUUUCACUUUUAGACAUAACUGUCCAAGAUUUCAUUGGCAUUAAUGUGACUUAUUUCAGGUCUUUUUUUAUGCAUAAAAUAGCACAUGUGCGCGCGCGCACACACACACACACACGAGUACUAGUAAUUCUUCACCUCUGGAAAAAAAUUCUACAUGAGAAAACAAAACAAAAAAAUGCAAGAAUACAGUGAGAUGUUUUCACAGGCAUCUAUUUUAACAGUGGUGCUUUCUAAAAAUAUGAGAGUGGACAUCAUCAGUUGUGAAUGAGCAUGCCUAUAUUUGUAUGUUAAAUAUGAUGGGUUCAGCCAUUUUAGACUGAUUUGGAUUUUGUCCCUUUUUUUUAGAUAGACCAUUACAAACCAUAGGUCAUUAGAGAAACUGAUCUGAAACAAGGCUUUUUGUCUAUCAGUAGCAAGUUUAGCUACAUCGUACUACCUUGGUACAAAGGGGAUUAAGUAGUAUUACAAGCCCCGAUGUACAGAGGUGUGCUAAAAGAGUAAAGGUAUACACACAUAGCUCUUACUUAAUACCAUUAAUAUAGCAAAAUAUAAAUGGACAAGUUCUAAAAUAGUUUUUCCUCUCCUUUUCUAAUUUUUGCUUUUUUUUUUUUUUUUUGGGGGGGGGGGGGUAUAUGUUUUCUGGGCAUCUCAUGUUAAAAUAGGAUGGGAGCCAUCUUUUCAUGCUUCUUUUGGUAUUUUGUACAACCCAGGAAACACAACUCAUUGUUUUCACUAUUAUUUACUUUUGUAAAAAUUAACAGCAGCAAAUGUUAUUUGUAAUAAAGGUAUCAUGGUAUUUAAUUGGAGUUCAACAUAAAGUUCAGAAAUGAUGACAGGAUGUUGUGCUGUCAUAAAAAUGUACUGUGAUUUUUUUUUAGCUAUAAUGAGGCAUGCCAUAAAAAAAAAAAGCUUAUGUUUGUGAAGCAGGACUUGACCUCAUUUCAAAGCACUGGGGCAAUGCUGAUGCUAAAAGGUUUGUAUCUUGCAGUCUUUUAACAGUCAUUUGCUCAGAAUUUUGGUAAUUAGUGUCUUGGACUAAAUCCAGUCAUUUUAAAAUAGUUUUGCACCUGGCUUUGCCUUGAAGGGGAGGUAUGUGCAUAUUGGUGCAACUUAAAAGGGUUUGCUGCUCAUUGUUUUCUUCUGCUGGAUGCAGAGAUGAUUUUUUUUCCCUCAGUUUUCAUGCCUGUAUGUCUUAAAAGCUUUUGAUUGAGGGAAUGUUAGUUUGUACAGAUUGCUUUUUGGGCAUAUGUUUAGGUCCUCCUUUAAUAUUACAAAAUUGCAUGUUAAGAUUACUGAAGAGUAUGUAUGUAGUGGGGGAGUGGAGUUCCCUUUCAUACAGCUACUUAUUUCUUUAUUUCCAUCCUUCACGCAUAUUUGUGAUUACGUGCUGUUAAAUGAGAGGCACUGUAUACAAGUGCAAAUCUACAUUUAUAUUGAAAUAUAUAGAAAAAAUAGUGUUCAUUUUAUAUAUAGAGAUAAGAUUUGUAUUUUUAGAGUCUUUAGGCAGUUUGAAUGUUCUGUUUAAAAAAAUCAGUUACAAAUUCUAAAUACAAAAGCCCUAGACAUCCUAUGUAUAUAUGUAUAUUUGUGCUUUAAAAAAAAAAAAACAGCAGCAUGAGGCAAAGUAGCUUCUUAUUUAAAGGAUAGUCAUCAUAAAGGGCAUAACUGGUCAUUGGAGCACUGUUCAUAAAGAAUGAGAGUGUGGAAUAUGUGACCUGCAUUUGUUAAUGUAAGUGGUGUGUAAUGUACUGACAUUUUAACAUGACUCUUUUGUACAUUGCUUAGAUCAAGUGGAAGAGUUUAAAGGACUUGAACUGUGGGGAAGAGGGGAGCAUCCUCUUUAUUUGACAGUGCUUGAUUAUCGAGCAUGGUAUAAAAUAACAUGUCACAUGUCUAUUUUAAUAUGUGAAACUGAAGGCAAGAUAUGAAAGAAUAGUUGUCAGCUUUUUCACAUUAAAGACAUUUAUCAUAUGUAAAGAGGAACAUCAUAUUUUGUUCUUAAAGAUUAUUUACUGUGCAAAAUAAUGCAUUGUGAUAUCCACCAAACAUUUAGAUUUUCCGACUUAAUAAUACCAUGUUUUCAUUGCCAAAUUGGUUACAACAUUCUUAAUAAAAGAUAUCAAGUGCAUAAAUAGAGCGCCUUAGCAUAAGAAAGUACAGAGCAAUCAUAAAAUGGCAAGACUGAUUAUGAGCCAUCAUACACUAAAUCUUUGCUACUCGUUUGCAGUCUUGCUAAGCAGCAUUUAACAUUUUUUCAAGAUGAUUUAGUUAAAAGCUGCCUAUGAUCUGAAAUAUUUUUACAGAUAGACACCAAAAAAA